AUGCCACUAACAUGGUCGAUGCGCACUGUGCACCUUUCAUCCUUCUCCACAUGCUCUCCGCCGCUCGACCAAGCUGCCAUGUACCUACAUAGUGAGAUCAUCCCUACUCGCUCUCCAACCUCGCCGGCCUCAAAUCCUCCACCUGCUCCCGUGGCACAAGAUGGAACACUCCAGAUAAUGUCCCCCGCUGCCCAUCUCCAUCUCCACCACCACCAUCACACACCACGUUCCUUACCCGCUUCACUACACCUAAACGUCUUGGAUCCCAUACCACCGUCUGUCUCACGUGGGUCUGUGCCUUCCGCCAGCUCUUGCAACACCCACAGUCCCCGGCCACAUCCUCGUCAGUUACCACACAGAGGCAGAGCCCUUUCAUCAGCCUUCUUCCCGAGCCACAGUGGUCCGUGA